AUUGCAGGAAAUAUUGAAUACAGCUGCCCGGCCACCAAUGAAUGUGAGAUCACGAAACGGAGGCGCAAGUCGUGUCAGGCCUGUCGCUUCAUGAAAUGCCUCAAAGUGGGGAUGCUAAAAGAAGGUGUUCGUCUGGAUCGAGUCCGUGGAGGUCGUCAGAAAUACAAGAGAAGACUGGAUUCUGAGAGUAGCACUUAUCUGAGCUUACAGAUCCCUCCCCCAGCUAAAAAGCCACUGACUAAGAUCGUCUCCCACUUGUUGGUGGCUGAGCCCGAGAAGAUUUAUGCCAUGCCGGAUCCAACCAUGCCAGAGAGUGACAUCAAAGCCCUGACAACCCUCUGUGACCUGGCAGACAGGGAACUAGUGGUGAUCAUUGGCUGGGCAAAGCACAUCCCAGGGUUCUCCAACCUCUCCCUUGGGGACCAGAUGAGCCUCCUGCAGAGUGCCUGGAUGGAAAUCCUCAUCUUGGGCAUUGUGUACCGCUCUCUGCCAUAUGAGGACAAGCUUGUCUAUGCUGAGGACUACAUCAUGGAUGAAGAGCACUCUCGUCUAACGGGGCUGCUAGAGCUCUACCUGGCCAUCCUGCAAUUGGUACGUCGCUACAAGAAGCUCAAGGUGGAGAAGGAGGAGUUUGUCACACUCAAAGCUCUAGCUCUCGCCAACUCAGACUCCAUGCACAUAGAGGACAUGGAUGCAGUGCAGAAACUCCAGGACCUUCUCCACGAAGCCCUGCAGGACUACGAGCUGAGUCAGCGCAACGAGGAGCCCCGGCGAGCAGGCAAGCUGCUCCUGACCUUGCCCCUCCUGCGGCAGACGGCAGCCAAAGCUGUGCAGCACUUCUACAGCAUCAAACUGCAGGGCAAGGUUCCCAUGCAUAAACUCUUCCUAGAAAUGCUAGAGGCAAAGGUCUGA